AUGGAUGAGCUCUCUGUGGCGUCCGCCGCCUUCUUUCGUCUCGAGUGCAGUCACGAUGAGCUCUUCCAGCCCGAAUACAAGCGGAGCAACCGCACCAAAGGUCUCAAGAUCCUGCGCUGCUUUCCACACUGCUGCCCAGCCCACAUCGAUCGCAGCUAUUGCGGCUCAUCACUGAGUGUCCGUGUGGAGCUGGAGACUCCAAAACAAAAUGCCGAAGUCACGACUUCGUCUCUUAGUGAGUCUGUAGUCCUAUUUGCUCGCUUCGAGGCUCUCAAUGAUGUAAGUCUCAAGCCAGGAGAAUAUGUCGAAGUGGACAGGAUGGAGACGGCCACCCAGUCAGAGCGCAACCCAGAUGCCCAGUGGAUACCUGGUGUACUGGACAGUCCGUCUAAAAUGAUCACUCCUAUCCAUACACCGGGUACGCCCAAGGAAGAGCAGAAAUCUAUGGUAUACCAUCUGAACACGAAGACAAACAUUCGCUGGUAUUACGACUGGGAGAGUGGCGCCAACAAGGCGCAGCGACUCAUGAAACAUGUGUUGAAGGCCUACAUUGCAGAGCGAUUCGCUCAAGACAAGAACGACAAGAUCGUAGCUUUCAACAGCCCCCAAGCGCACAAACAACUCUAUCGUAUAAUGCACGUCGUGACGUCGCCCGAGUUCACAGUCAUUUCGUACCGUCGAGCAGCACCCGAGAACCAAGCAACGCUGCUGUCUUCACAUGAUACCCCUCCGUAUUUGAUGCAAGAGAAUGUUCUGCCAGAGAACACAAACGUUGGUCUAAGGUUUCCCAAAGACCACAUCUACACCCUCCGAUGGAGGCACCAGUGUACCGUGAAGAGUACAAGUUGA